GUGAAGAACGGGAAGAAUUAUAAUUGUAAAGUAUCGAUUUUAUUGGUAAAUUGUUUGCUUUAGCGGUGGUGGAUUAAUCGUUAAAAAUAGACAAUAUCAUCAAGUUCUGUUAGCAGCAGUCAGGAAAAAAAAGCACUUAUAUCUUCUUGCCUCUUGCGGUUGCGAAGAGAAAAGUGUUUCUUGUGCUCAACAUUGCAAAGACGACAGAGUGGUCAGAGAAAUGGACGAAGGUUUGAUAGGUGAAUCAUUUCUCAAUAUAUCUGAGGAAGGGUUCAUGACCACGGAUCAAACGUUCACAUCUGAAGCGCCAAGAGUCAGAAAUCUAACUGGUGAUGACUACACACCAUAUCCAGACCGACCAGAAACCUACAUCGUACCUGUAGUAUUUUCAAUUAUUUUUGUCGUUGGUGUUCUGGGUAAUGGAACCCUGGUUGUGGUGUUCAUAAGGCACCGAGCAAUGAGAAACAUUCCAAACACCUACAUCUUCUCCCUGGCACUUGCUGACCUUCUCGUGAUUCUCAUCUGCGUCCCACUCACAUCAAUCAUCUAUACCAUCGAAUAUUGGCCUUGGGGUGAGACUUUGUGUCGCAUUUCAGAAUUUGCCAAAGAUGUAUCCAUUGGGGUGUCAGUCUUCACACUGACUGCACUCUCAGGUGAAAGAUAUUGUGCCAUCGUCAAUCCAUUGAGGAAGCUUCAGACCAAACCACUGACUGUUUUCACUGCUGUUAUGAUUUGGAUUAUUGCAAUUGUCGUCGCCCUUCCCGUUGUUAUUAGGUCAACAGUUGUGGAAAGGGCUGUCUCCCCGAAUAAAACUAUAUCGAUUUGUGAUCCAUUUGGACCAGAAGAAGACGACUUUAAACACACUUAUAGAAGAUAUGCUGUAAUUGGAAAAGCUGUGACCUACUACUUCCUUCCGUUGACGAUUAUUGGUAUUCUGUAUGCACUAAUGGCUAGACGUCUCCAUUUGAGUGCUCGAGAAAUGCCUGCUCAGAGCCGUUCUCAAGCACGAGCUAGAAGACAUGUGGCAAGAAUGGUGGUGACUUUUGUUAUUGUAUUUAUCGUCUGUUUCCUCCCACAUCAUAUCUUUCAAAUGUGGUUUCACUUGUAUCCCAAUGCCGAGGAUGAAUAUGAUGAAGUAUGGCAUGUUUUCAGGAUAGUUGGAUUCUGUUUUAGCUUCCUCAAUUCUUGUGCGAAUCCAGUUGCACUGUACUGUGUCUCCGGUGUCUUCCGCCAGUACUACCAUCGAUACCUUUGUUGCCGUGAAUCUCCAUCCUCCCACCGGUCCGGCCACUCGACAGCCACAGGAGUCUGCGACACGAGCUUCACCUCAACGGUGCGUCGUGGUACAACAACCCAGAUCCCACCAGUCACCGGUGCACCGUGUUCCAAGAUCCCCACGAGUGCCAGCAAUCACUGGUAUGGAAAUGGCAAUGAGUGUCCCCCAUCGCCUCAGUGUGUCCGCUCCAAGUCGUUGGGGAAGAGGUGAAAGCCACCACCUCAGGACAUUGUUGGCGGGAAGUCAGACAAGAGUGUUUUCCUCUAAUUUCCACAUCUCACAAUUCCAUCCUCCUGCGUAUCUCACCUAGUGGGACACCUUUUUGUGCGACCAUUCCUAUCUCUCGCUGUGUACACUUAUAAAUAUUUCUAGAUAUAGCAGCAUUGCUCAUUCAGGUGUUUGUUAAACACCCACGUGGAGGGAUUUACUUAUAUUUCAGAAGGACAUCGCAAUUCCAGGAAAAUAUGGUGCAAAAUGUUCAUAUUCCAUCUAAACUGUAAGUGUUACUAUCAAUAUUUCAAUUUUUUUUUAUUCCAAUGGACCUUAUUCCCUUACUUGGGAAAAUAUAUUAAUUCGAACAAUUUUAGGUUAUGUUAUGGAAAAUUCUUAU